AUGAACACUUUCAUCAACAAUAACAAGUCGAGCAAGAAGAAAGUGGUGUUUGUAAUGGGAGCAACAGGAACAGGAAAAUCUCGUCUUUCUAUUGACCUUGCCAUUCAUUUUCAAGGAGAAAUUAUCAACUCUGACAAAAUGCAAGUAUAUAAGGGACUUGACAUAAUUACCAACAAGAUCACGGACAUUGAGAAACAAGGGGUACCACAUCAUUUGCUAGGUGAAAUUGAGGCAGAUGUUGACUUCACGGCAGAUGAUUUUUGUAUUCAAGCCAUUAUUUGUAUAGAAAAGAUUUUGAAGUCAAAAAAUAUUUCAAUCAUCGUUGGAGGGUCAAAUUCAUACGUUGAAAAACUUGUGGAAGACCCUGUAUUCAUGUUUAAAUCUAAUUAUGAUUGUUGCUUCAUCUGGAUUGAUGUUGCCGCCUUACCUGUUUUGAACUCUUUUGUUUGCCAAAGGGUUGAUCAAUUGGUCCAUGCAGGACUAGUAAAUGAGGUACGAAUAAUAUUUGUUUCAGAUGCAGAUUACACAAGAGGAAUUCGACGGUCUAUUGGUGUUUCUGAAAUGGACAAGUAUUUAAGAGAAGAAAAUAAACUAGACAAUAAUGAAGUAUCUAAAAGGAAGCUUCUUGAAUCUGCAAUUGAAGAAAUAAAGCUUAAUACAUGCAUAUUAAUAUGUCACCAACUUGAGAAAAUUCGACGAUUGAAAAACGAGAAAAUGUGGCCAUUGAAUUAUAUUGAUGCAACUAAUGUUUUCCGAAAAAUCGGAAAAAAAGGCGCUGAUAAUGCGUGGAAGGAAAUUGUAUCGAAACCUAGCUUGAAAAUAGUAGAAGAAUUUCUCAAGUAUGAUGGUGACAAAAUAAAUCAUGUUGAGGCUGCAUAA